CCGCAGCCUGCCGCCUCCGCUGCCUCCUGGUUGUGCCUCAGACUGUCAGAUAAAGCGGCGGGCCGGGCCGGUGGGGCGGUCGCACGGCCCUGGCCGGACAUGGCGGCGCUCUACGCCUGCACCAAGUGCCACCAGCGCUUCCCCUUCGAGGCGCUGUCUCAGGGGCAGCAGCUGUGCAAGGAAUGUCGCAUUGCUCACCCAGUUGUGAAGUGCACCUACUGUAGGACUGAGUACCAGCAGGAGAGUAAAACCAAUACAAUAUGCAAGAAAUGUGCUCAAAAUGUACAGUUAUAUGGGACGCCUAAACCUUGUCAGUAUUGCAACAUAAUCGCUGCAUUUAUUGGCAACAAAUGUCAGCGCUGCACAAAUUCAGAGAAGAAGUAUGGCCCACCAUAUUCUUGUGAGCAGUGCAAGCAGCAGUGUGCAUUUGACAGGAAAGAUGAUAGAAAGAAGGUAGAUGGAAAAUUGCUGUGCUGGCUGUGCACACUUUCAUAUAAACGGGUCCUUCAGAAGACCAAAGAGCAGAGGAAACACCUGAGCAGCUCUUCCCGGGCCAGCCAUCAGGAGAAGGAGCAGUAUAGUCGGCUGAGUGGCGGCAGCCAUUAUAACAGCCAGAAAACACUCUCUACGUCUUCGAUUCAAAAUGAAAUCCCAAAGAAAAAAUCCAAGUUUGAGUCUAUCACAACCAAUGGAGACAGCUUUUCUCCAGACCUGGCUCUAGACUCACCAGGCACUGACCACUUUGUCAUCAUUGCCCAGCUGAAGGAAGAAGUGGCUACUCUGAAGAAGAUGCUUCAUCAAAAGGAUCAAAUGAUUUUGGAGAAAGAGAAGAAGAUCACAGAGCUGAAGGCUGAUUUCCAGUACCAAGAAUCUCAGAUGAGAGCCAAAAUGAAUCAGAUGGAGAAAACCCACAAAGAAGUAACAGAACAAUUGCAGGCCAAAAACCGAGAGCUUCUAAAGCAGGCAGCUGCCCUGUCGAAGAGUAAGAAGUCUGAGAAGUCAGGAGCUAUAACCUCUCCGUGAGAGACCACAAGGAGGCUCCCAGCUACAGCAGAUGGAUUCCUGGGCUAGGUUGGCGACCGUGCUGUUUUCUGGGACUUGAAACUUUCUUAAGAAAUCUCUAUUUUACUAAUUUCUCCUUCGUGUGAUUGCAGUGGCUGAAUGGAGACACCUGGUUUGCACUGUGUUACGUACGACUGCAUGCUUGAGUAUUUGGGGCUUCAAACUCUCUCCUUUCUCUUUCCUUCCCCCCCUUUUUCACAGUAUUACUUUCUCUCUCUCUCUCUCUUUUUUUUUUCAAUGUGGUGGUCACUGCUCAGUGCUAUGUGCAGAAAGAUUUUUGUGUGUCCAUCAUUGCAUCCUGCCAUGCCCAUGAGCAAAUCGUUUGGCAUAAAUUACAUAUCACUGCCACCCUCUGAACUUUCAAAACUGCCACCUUAAGUCUUGGUACAGUGGAAGAGACUUUGUCUCUCCAAUAAACCUUUUGCUUCAGGGUAUACUCUUGGGUUUUUUUCCAGGUAUAUUAUGUAUGAACUUUGUACUAUGUAUAGCCAGAGUUUUAUUUAUUUAAAAAAAAAAAAACUUUUUCUCGAUAAAGGAAUAAUGGCAGCCUGGCUUGUUCUUGUAAGAGUGAUGCUUCUUAAAAAAAAGUCCUACUGGAGCUUUUAGUAAAAGAAUUAAGAUUUUUCUUUCUUGUUACCUUGGAGUCUUAAAAACUGACUACUAAGGUGAAACAACUCAGUGCAUAAGUAUGGAGUUAAGUGCCUUUUGGAGGAUUUCUGAGAAGAGCAUUUAAAAUACUUAAGGGAGGUAGCAAAGAUUUGAGCAGUCUGUCUUUUAAGUGAGGACAGAAAGAUUGUCCAGGUUGUACUGGACACUUCCCUCCCCCACCCCUUUCCUAAUUGUUUUAUGUGAUUGAUUUUAAAUUCUCACACUGCCAGCCACUUCACUUCUUUUUUAAAAAGUACCCUUUACUUGC